GCGAGAGGGAAGAAAAGAGUGACUAUUGCGGAAGGAUACGAAGUGAUUCCACCGAUCCCAAUUGCUAGCCUAGACAAAGAGAAUGACGAAGAUGGUUACGGGAAGAAAGAUGCAAUUGCAAACAGGAUGGAGAGAGAACUGGUUCUCAUGGAAAAGGAGUACAAACGAAAACUGUUCGACAAACUCCUCAAACGUGGCACUGACCUGAUCAGGUAUUUGUCAAGGGAGAAGAACAUUGAUGACUGGUCUAAAAGAUGGUUGCGGAACUUUGCCAAGGUACACAGUUUCAUGGGCAGUGCCUGUACAGAGAAGCACAACUUUGACAGGGCGCGUACCCAUCACACGGCUGAUCUCAAGAUAGGGGAGUCAAUACUGAAUACCCGGAUACAGUCAAGAGCUCUAGAACACUUAGGACGUACGUACAUCUUUGAGAACAGACACGAGAAGGCUUUGGAAUACUUUGCCAAACGUGCUCAUCUUCCCCGAGACACGGAGGAGACCGCACGCCUCUUCCACGAGAUCGCCAACUGCUUCUUUCAGCUCAAGGCCUACAAGUUCGCCAAGGAGUCUGCCCUUGUGUCCAUGAAGGCGGCAAACGAGGGACAACAUAGCAUGUUCCAGCUGCAGUCGUCGGUGCUCCUUGCGGUCACAGAAGUGAAACUGACACGAUUGGAUAAGGCCUUCGCGAGGUUCGGAGAAGCACUCACAUACGUCAAAAUCAGAGGGGAUCAUGAGGCAGAGGAAGCAAUCACUGACGCAAUGCAGCAACUUGCUUCAAAGAUUGCUGGGGAUGUGAAAGAAAAGUUGCUGGAGAAGGCCAAAGUCACGGGAGGAACGAAGGGCAAGGGCACACCGAAACUGGAGGAAGCCAUGAGAGGAGAGGCUUUUCAGACAGGUGAUGAGCCCGCUUCCUCCAUGUACGGAUUUCUCAGUUCCAUGAAAGAGGAAGAUGCCAAAGAGCAGGGCAUGACGAAGAGCCAAAAAAGUCCAGGAUCGAAAAAAUCAAAGGAUGACAAUCAACAAAAAGGUUCGGAGACAAGCAGGACCGACCAGAGUGGUUUCCUCCUUCCCCCAAGUCCACUGCUGGACAAGAAGAAAGGGGAGAAAGAGGAGAGAAUUAUCAAGAUGGCGAGUGAAGGCGGCGAGGACAAAAAGAGAAAAGCUCCAAGACCUCAGUGGGCAAGGUUCCGCAGGGGUCGUCAGGGAGUUCCGACAAAGGCUAAAGAGAACAUCGCCAAGAAAGAUCCACAAAGUGACGCCCAAACAUCGCUGACGAUUUCUAAACAGGAAACUGGGGCUGAGAAGGCUUCUGUUGUUUUAGGAGAAAGAAAAGAGGGUAAAAUUGGGUCGUCAGUUGGUGCUGCUGCUUCUGAUACGUCUGUUUUGUCAUCAGUCACUAAAAAUGAUAAUGACAACGGAAAGCAAGCCGAUGUCAUUAAAAUUGAAACAAGAAAUGACAUAAUUCGUGUCACAGGAGUUGUUGAGAAGGGGGGCGAAGAAGAAACAGACGGCAAUGCUUCAUCUACCACUGCAAGAGAAAAGGGUGGGGACAAAGAGAAAAUGAAGGCUUCUUCUAAAGAGAGGACAUUCGUUCCAAAGAGAAGAACGUCAAGACCGAAAGACGUGUCUGAGGACACCGCAGAUGAGAGCGAAACAACGCAAAGAAGUGAAAACCGAACUCGUGCAGCUUCUGAAGAGAGAUACAAAGCAAAGGCAUUUACGGUAAUCACAUUCCCUAAACCGAAACCUCGAAAGAAAAAAGACAUAGACGAGCAGAAACAAGAACCCAAUCUUAGUAGGAGAUCUUCGGACAGAUUUAUUGGUUUGCAUCCAAAGAAAGUAGCGGGGCGAAGGACUAGCAUGCCUAAGGAAGAUCAGGAGGAAGAAGAAAUGAGAAUAGUGAAAAAGACGCCUAGAUUUGUUGGAUUGUCACAGAAAGACGCUCUACGAAGUGAAGAGGCUCGACGCAGAAACUCUCAACAGGAUGAUGGAGACGAAAACAAAAACAUGAAAUGGGUUGCAAAGACUGAGAGGUUUAUUGGACUGAGACCAAGAGAUGAAAGCAGAAGCGAUUUGUAUGAUAGAAGAUAUAGUCAAGAUGACCUAGACAAGGAAUCAGUGAAAAAGACUCCAAGAACAGAACGGUUUAUAGGACUGAAACAGAGGGGCGGGGAAGUUUCCAUGGGGAUCCCUCCCUCGAUCCCCAAGCUGGCAAUAACUGGCAGCAAAAAAAUACAAGAAGUUGGCCAGGAUACAGAAGAAGACUACGCUGACGACGAACCAUCUUCCCGUGUCUUGACUGUUAUAAGGGAAGUCACAGGGAUGAGCCUGGCUGACAUGUUCAAAGAUGACGUUGGAAAGGAAACCGGAUCGUCGUCAUCGCAAAAGGAACUCAAGGCCCUUAAUGAGAUGGUCAAGGUAUCUCUUCGCAAAGACAGCAAAAAGUCCGAGAAGAAAUCCCAGGAUCUUGAACUCAGAGAGAAACGCAUGCAAGAGGAACAGGAUCGGGAGGUGGCCAUUAAACGAGCCAGGCGGAAGCGGUGGUUACAGUCUAGAAAAGCGAGUUUUCUACUUAUGCUGAACUCGCCAUACGCUGAGGUGCAUUCAGUACAAGGUCGGAGCUAUGAGAACAACUCUGAGGAGAGCAAAAAGCGAAAGCCCAAAGCGAGCCCGAACAGCGAGAAUGAGAACCAAAUGUUCGGCAACCUAGAGGAAUACAUCAAUAAGAAAAGAUCCCAGAAAGACGUUGAAAAGACUCCAAGGGGUAAAGGAUAUGAAUCUGAUGGAGCGACUAAGACGGGACGUUCAACUACCAAAGGUACCGGAGAGAGCCCCUCUAUGAGUAGAAAUAUGAUGGGUGGGAAGAAGAUGGAAGAGGAAGACAGGGCGAAAAAAAGAAGGGCUGAAGCUGAGGAGCAAGCGAAGGCGUCAAAAAUAGAACUGGCUCUGGAACACGCAGAAAGAGAAAUGAAAAGGAAAGAAAGGGAAGUUAGGAGGGAGAUUCGAUUAGCUGAGGAGGAAGCAAUAAAAAUGAAACGGAAGGAAGAGAAAGAGGAGAGAGAAUGGAAGAAAAUGGCUCCUAAAGAAUCAUUUAACACACCUUAUAAUAAAAUCCAGUCCAAAGUCGAAGUGAUGGAUAAAAAGGAAGACUUUGGAGAGGAAGAAGAAAGACGUUGGAUGAUGGAAGAGGAGAAAAAGCUACUGAUUGCGAAGAGAAGACACCGGAGGGAGAAAGAGUUAAGGAGGAGGGAAGAGGAAGAAAAGAGAAAGAGGAAAAUGGAGGCUGCUGAAAAGAAAAAGGUAAGCAAACAGGAACCGAAUAAAAGAUAUGUUUUUUUUUUGGUUUUGGUUAUCUACCCUCAGAGAUUCAAGAAUUCUCCCAAUUUCCGCUCCGAGGACACUGAAACUGCGAACGAAGAUGAAGAAGAAGAUGAGGAUGAAGUAGACUCUGAAACUACCCCGAUAUCGUUGAACAAAGAGACAACAGCCAGGACGGAAAAAAAUGAAGUGGUUAUCUCCAAGAGCGAUGAUAAGGACAAGACGGAGAAGGGUGAGAGGGAAGAAGUGGUUGAAAAUGCAGCGAAAGAAAUAAGACAAAAACCUGUCAAGAAGUUGGAGACAAAGGAACGAGGAAAGAAGAAUGAUGAGGUAACAGAAAAAGACGUGGUGGAACGGAAGAAAGAAGAAGCGAAAGCAAAAACUCCGGAGACAGAACAAAAAGAUUAUUCAAAAGAUACAAUGCACGCAAAGACUACACAUGACCCUGGAACAAAUGAGAAAAUGAAACUAAAACCUUUAAAUAAAGAACAAACAAAAUUUGAACACACAAUAAAAAAAGACAGCAAAAUAUUGCCUGCGAAGAAAGAACAAGCAAAAGAAACAUCUCCUGUUUUGAAACAGGAUUUUGAUGGGAAGACAACCAAAGGACCAGAAGCACAACCGACCAAAGAAACAGAGGAGACGAAGAAAGAAGUACCAAUAAAAUCACCGAGGAAGGAAUUGGAUACAGACAAAAAAGACAUUGGCAGAGAGAAGAGUAAGCUGCCAACAGGCAAGAAUAAAUAUGAAUGGAAACAAAAAUCGACAAACCAAAAACGAACGGAUGAUGAACAAAAUAAAAUUAAGAAUGACAAGAUAGAGAGGAAGGACGGAGAAAAUAUGGAAAUAGCUCCAAUCUUGGAGGCAAAUGAUGGACAGAAGCAAAAUGAGAUUGCUAAAGAACAAGGAAAACCACAGAUCAAACAAGAGCAAGAGAAGAAAAAAGAAAUGACGGUAAUAUCACAAAGAAAGGAAACACAUGAAGACGGAAAAGUUGUUGGUAGAGAUAAGAGUAAGGUGCUCAAAGAAAAGAAAGUUGAAAUAAAACAAAAAUCACCAGACAAAGAAACAACAGCUACUGAAAAGGAGAUAAGUAAGAGUAAAGAUAUGAAAAGAAAUGAAGAAAAACAUAAAGAAGCGUCUCCAAUUUUGCAAGAAACUGGUGACAGAAAGAAAGAAAGUGAGAUCGCUAAAGAGCAAGAUAAACAGAAGACGAAACAAAUAGGGGAGGAGAAAAAAGAAGUGACAUUAAAAUCACCCAGGAAGGAAAUGAAUGUGGACAGAAAAGAAGUUGGCAGGGAAAAGAGUAAGGUGCUGCAAGAAAAAAAGGUUGAAAUGAAACAAAAAUCAUCAAACAAAGAAAAAACAGAUACGAAAGAGAGUACUAUUAAUAGUAAAAAGAUGGAUGGAAAGGAAGACGAAAAGGAAAAAACGUUCCCCUCUCUGAAAGAACCUUGUGACGGAAAGAAAGACACUGAGAUUGCUAAAGAGGAAGAAAAACAACAGACCAAACAAAUGGAAGGAGAGAAGAAAGAAGUAAUGAUAAAAUCACCAAGGAAGAAAAUGAAUGCAGACAAAAAAGACAUUAGCAGAGAAAAGAGUAAGGUACUCCAAAAAAAGAAGGUUGAAGUUAAACUAAAUUUUCCAGACGAAGCUACUGGAGAGAAGACUAGUAAGAGUAAAACUAUGGAAAGAAAGGAAGAAGAAAAAGAAGACAUGUCUCCAAUUUUGAAAGAAUCUGGUGAUGGAACGAAGGAGGAAGAGAUUGCCAAAGAACAAGGGAAACAGCAGACCAAACAAGUAGAAGCCAAGAAAAAAGAAAUAACAGUAAAAUCACCGAGGAAGGAAUCGAAUGCAAACAGAAAAGAGGUUGGCAGAGAAUCGAGUAAGCUGCCAACAGGCAUGAAUAAAAACGAAUCGAAACAAAAACCAACACUCAAGGAAUGGACAGAUUCUAAACCGAAGACAAGCGAGAGUGGAGAGAUGGAAGGAGAGAAAGAAAUAAUGGAAGGGACGUCUCCUGUCAAGCAACAGCAGGAAGAAAGAAAAAAGAAAAGUGAGAUUGUAAAGCCAGAAGGAAAGCACAUGGCAAAACAAGGGGAUGGGCAGAAAGUGAAAGUUCACACAAGUCCACGUGUUGGUAAACAGGGAGGUAAGGCAGAUGGAGUGAAUAAACGACAGAUGGAAGAGGACACAAAGAGAACGACUGGAGAGGUUGUUACAGAGACGAAGGAAAAAGUGCACGACAUGUCUUCGGACAGAGAGGAAGCUGCAGACGAAAAGAAGACGGGUAAGACAGUAAAGGAAGCUGGGAAACCUAAGAACGAAGAAGCGAAGGAAAGGAAAGAAGACAAAAAAGAAUUAGCUACAGACAAAAAGAAGAUGAUGGAUAAGACGAAAGUUAAUGGGGCUGUAGGGGUUAAUGUAAACAACGAGAGUAAACAUGAUGGAGUGAAACAAGAAAAAGUACAAGAAAAAUCCGUAAACAAAAAUCAGAGAGAAGAAGAGCAAAACAAGACGAAACAAGCAGAAGCUAAGGAAGCAGGCAAAAUUGAGAGUGACAAAAAGAUCGUGGAGAAAAAAGAAAUGAAAGAAACCUCUAAAGUCAGAGAAAGAACAAUGCAAACGACAAAGAAAAAAAUAUCAUCAGCUGCAAUUGUGGCAAAGGAGGGGACUAAAGUGGAAGAAAAGAUGAAAGAAGAUUUUAAACAAAAACCUCUAAAGAGGAAACUACCUAACGAUGGGAAGGCAGAAACGGAAGAUGAAAACGAAGGAGAAAAAGAGACACAGCAACAGAUGCCAGAGAAGAAAGAUAAGUUUAAAGGAAAUCCUCUAGCACAAGACUUGCAAAGGAGUGAAAAGAAAAAGCCCAAACUGUCUGAAGAGACAGAAAGACAAAGGGUAAAAACUGGCGCUGACAAGAAAGUAGAAACAAAAGAAAAGUCUUUACAGAAAAGACGGGCUGGUGUUGCAAGUAAGAAAAACAAGUCGACCACUGAUAUUGUAACGCAGAAGAACAUCGAGGUGAUUGAUAAGACAGUAACAGUUCUAGAUACGUCUCCUCUCAGUGAAUCAAAAGGAGAUGGGAAGAAGAAAGAAACGCCUGAUAAAGACGAGGGGCAACAGAAUAGUAAACUAGCAACCGAGAAGAAAGAAGAAAAUACUCAAACAACAUGGGAUAAGAAACAGACAGAAAAAGAAGAGCCGCCAGAAGAUGGGGGGGAAGAAAUAAGAGACGAAAACGAAAGAACAAAAGAGACACGUAAACAGAUGCCAGAGAAGAAAGAUAAAUUUAAAGGUAACCCUCUCGCGCAAGACUUGCAAAGGAGUGAAAGGAAGAAACCCAAACUCUCUGAAGAGACAGAAAGACAAAAGGUAAAACCAGUCGUUGAGAAGAAAGUAGAAACAAAAGAAAAGUUUUUACAGAAAAGCCGGGUUGGUGUUGAAAGUAAGAAGAUCAAGUCGAAUGCUGAACACGUUAUAACCCAGAAGAACAUCGGAGUGGUAGAAAAGAAGACAAAAGUUCAAGAUGCGUCUCCUCUCAAUGAGUUGCCGGGAGAUGAGAAGAAGAAAGAAACGCCUGAUAAAGACGAGGGGCAACAGAAAAGUAAACAAACAGAAAAGAAAGAACCACCAAAAGAUGGGAAGGCAGAAACAGAAGAUGAGAACGAAAGAGAAAAAGAGACACGUCGACUGAUGUCAGAGAAGAAAAAUAAAUUUAAAGGAAAUCCUUUGUCACAAGAACUACAAAGAAGUGAAAGGAAGAAACCCAAAAUUUCCGAGGAUACAGAAAGGCAAAAGGAAAAACAUAACGUAGAGAAGAAAGUAGAAACGAAAGAUAAAUCUUUAUCCAAAAAACGGACAGGAGUUGAAAGUAAGAUGAUCAAGUCCACUGCUGAAGUCGUCAUGACAAAAAAGAAUAUCGAGACGGUACAGAAGAAGGGAGACAUGGAGGAGAAAUAUUCUCCUAUGGUCACUGAUAAACAAGAGAGUAUCGAGAAAAGAGGAAAGAAAGAAGACACGAAAGAGGAAAUCGAAGAAAAAGAACCAGAUGAAAUUACAAACGAGGAACCGGAAAAGGAGAACAAGAAUGUUGAAGAAAAGUCAGAGGAAAGCCCCCCAGUUAUUUCCCCCAAAGAGUCGACAAAAGGUGGAAAGAAGAAAGCCACACCUAGUGUGGAGGCACAGAAGCAGACGAGUAAGACUAAACAGGAGUCAGCUGAGAAGGAGGAAAGAAAACAAAACUCUCCUGUCAAAGAAGAGGCAGAUGGUGAACUGGCGAAACACACUGUUAUUCAAGACGAAGAAAACAAGAAGAGUGAAAAGAUGGGAGGGAAGAGAACAGAAAUGAAAGAAGUACCUCCAAAGAAGCAGAAAAAGCCAAGAAAGGAAGAAAAAGAGGGUCACAAGGAAGUGAACAAACAUGAUACUGAACAAUCGGAAAGGAAGACAGAGGAAACAAAGGUAACACCACCCGAAAUACAACCGAGCGAAGAUAGACAGAAGAGUUCACAAGAAAAACUUAACAGUGAACCGGUGGAUGAAAAGAAGGAAGAAAACCAAGAAAAUGUAACACAGAAAGAAUUCAAGAAAGAACAAAAGAAGGAAAAGAAUGACGGUAAAAAGGUAGUAGAGAAACAAAAUGACGAACCCGUGAGAGGGUUGGAAGAAGAGGAGAAGCAGAAAGAUGAGCAUGAGGACAAACAGAUCGAAGAGGAGAAAGAGAAAAAGGAAGAAGAGGUUUCAGAACAGAAACAAACAGAAUAUGAACAGAAAAUGAAUGAGACUGACGAGGGUAAGCGAAAACAGCUAAGCAAAGAGAAAAAAUCGAAGAAAAAACAGAAGAGCGAAAAACCUUCUAUGAGUGAACCAGCUGAAAAUAUUGAAAAAGAUAGUAAAGAUGACCUUGAGAAUAGCAAAGUUAUAGAGACGAGUAAUCAUGUCAAUGAAAAGAGUAAAGACAGUAAAUCUGUUGAAGAAACUGAUGUGAAAAAGCCAAAAGAGGAGGAACAGAAGAAAGAAGAAAGGGAAGAGAUGUCUGCUCAAAGUGAAAAGAUGGAGGAUGAAAAGAGAGAAGAUGAAACUGAAAACGAAAAGGCAGGGACGACGACUGAACAGCCUAUAAGUGUUAACGAUGAACAAAGCUCCCGGUCUCAGGAUAAAGACUUGACAGAGGAAAUAAAGAAAGAAGAAGAAGAGGUAGCUGACGAAAUGGAGAAGGACGUAAGUGUAAGGGAGGAAGAUGAGAACAAAGAAGCAUCAAAGGAUACAGCAAAUACUGCAGAUAAUGUCGGAAAGGAAGAAACGAAAAGAAGUGAAGAGAAGAAAGAAGAAAAGAGGAAAAAUGAGACUGUUAAAGAAAAAGGAAAACAGCUCGUCCAACAGAAGGGUGUUCACAAGGAGCAAAACAAAGGAAAAACACCAAGGAAAGACACAAAAGGCGAACAAAAGAAGACAAAAGAAGUUACAAACGAUCCAAGGAAACGGAAGGCAAAACAGGAGGACGGAAAGACAGAAGACAUGGAAGAAAAAUCUCCUCAGAAAAAACAGAGAGCAGAUGGGAAGAAGAAACCUGAGACUGGUGAAGAUACCAUGAAAAAGAGGACGAGAGAUACAAGUAAGGAACCGAGGAAAAGAAAGAUGAUGCAGAAGGGAGGGAAGAAAGAAGACGAGACAAAGAAUAACGAGGCAGAGGCUGAAAAGGAGAAAGAAAAGGAGAAACAAGAAGAGAAAGAAGAAGAAAAAAAAGUCACGUCUUUAGAAGAGGAUGAGAAGAAAGGAGAAGAC